UACACUCUGGACGACCCCUCCCACGGCAAAAUGCAAUCCGACCUGCAGGUGAGCAGUUCAGCCGCAGCUUCCCGGCUCCCUGCUCACAUUCUAGUCGGAGUAUUUGCUGAGGGGAGACGAAAACGCUUUACUCCAGAAAGAGCGAAGUUGCCUUUAGGAUUGUAGUCCUCGCACGCGGGACUUUUCGUCCGGAAAAGCAGACUAGCUGAUGAUUUCAAUGUGGGCGGAAAGUUCAUUAAAGCUGUCCACUAUCAGAUGCUGGUAAACCUGACAUGUGCACACCCAGUGAGACAGUAACCGAGAUCUCAUCCUGAGGGAAUACCAGGAUGCCUUCCACAGCAUUACAUCUUUUGGGCAAGAUCAGUGUUGGAGGUGGGCACAGCAACCCUGCUGCUGCAGCCUUGCUGCUUUCCCUGUGUCUUGGCUUCCCUCCCUCUGUGGCCACUUGCCCACCAUACUGCCUUUGUGCCAGCGAUAUAAUUUCCUGCAGCGGCCGCAAUCUGUCUGCGCUGCCCUUUGAUCUCCCAAGCUAUGCCACACGGUUGGACCUGAGCCACAACGCCCUCACUGUCCUGCCUGUGGACUGGAUUUCCCAACCGUUCAACCGGCUUACUUCACUGGUUCUCAGCCGAAACUCCAUAAACCAAAUUGAGGUGAGAGCCUUCACUGUGACACCACAUCUCCUCCACCUGGAUCUCUCCUCCAACCAACUAACAGUGCUGAACUCGUCCAUCUUCACUGGGUUGAAGGAACUGAAAGAGCUGCUGCUGUUUGGCAACCAGAUCAUCCAGAUUAACCAAGGGGCCUUCAGCGAUCUUCAGAGCCUGCAGAGGCUCUACCUCUCUGGGAACAGACUGAUGGCUUUCCCUCUGGGGCUUUACUGGGAACCUGGAGGUCCUCGUAAUCUGUCCUUUCUCGAUCUGUCAUACAACAGGCUGUCCAAGGUGCCGGUCCAGAGCCUGCUGUCUCUCACGCAGCAAGGUGGAAUUUAUUUGCAGGAAAACCCUUUGGUCUGCGACUGUGCUUUACUCGCCUUGCUGGAGUACUGGAUGUGGAAACAGUAUCGCCCACUGGUGGAGUUCAGAGGUGAAUACCCAUGUAGAGACGAUUCAGGUCCGGGGUCGGAAUGUACCCAGCGGGUAGUGUCAGAUAUGUCCCUUGAGGCACAGACUUACCAAGUAGAACCUGGUAAAUGGCUAAGCGUGCCAUGUCCAGGGUUGGCUUCUCCAGCCCAGGAGGAGCUGUUGGUUUUCUGGGUUACCCCCAGGACUGUGGUGAAUUCAUCAACCAAUGAUCCAAGUGCCCACCUGAUAGUUUUCCCCAAUGGUACCCUUGAAAUCCGAGGAGCCCUGAUGGAGGAUUCUGGUAUGUAUGGGUGCGUGGCAGGCCGCAGGAGCCACUAUGACCCCAACAAGUCUCUGGAGGUCAAUGUGGUGGUUGGAAACUUAGGUACUGCCUCCGUCAGUGGCUUGGCACAUCGCAGUGGUGCCGAGCAUUUCAACACAGCGUUCACCACCCUGGCUUCCUGUGUGGUCAGCAUCAUACUGGUGCUGCUCUACCUCUACCUCACUCCCUGUCGAUGCAGGGAAAGCCGGGGUGGGGGAUCGAGAGGGUGCGGCGGACGAGCCAUCAUCCUCUGUUCAGACCCCAGGGAGGUAGAGUCAGGAGAGCGACGGUCAAAUGGAAAGAGGGUGGCUUUCUUAGAACCACAGGCAGAUGACUCUGAUAUUGGUGGUCUAAAAACACCAGCAAUGAACUUGGGUCAUGUUACCACUGAGGGAAUUCUCAAGAAUGGAAGUAGGACAGUGGGACAGACCCUCACAGAUGCCGCUCACAUGGCGUAGCAAAAAAAUUACCUUUUUUACAUUCCGGUAUUCUUACAGUCUGAACCCAAGUGUUUUUUUGUUUUUUUUCACUUGUUUCAGUACAAGAUGAAAAAAAUACAUUUGAUGUGAAGUAAUGUACUGUGAUUCUUGUGAAGUAGAUAUGCACUGUAGCUUUUGGGUGUUUGCUCUGAAGCAGAAAAUGCAGUCCUUUUGUAGGCAGGAUUUCAAUUAUGUCUCGACUGUAAGUGGUGUCUGUUGUUUUUUUUAUAUUAUGAGUUCAAAUGUAAAUUUCACUGUUAACGCGGGAAAUUGUUACUGCAAAGAUCACAAAGAUUAUUUAAAUGUGGGUGGUGUUUCAAAUUGAGAGGAAUAUUCACACCUGAAUUGAUAAGCUGCUAGAGGCAUUAGUGGUUGUUAGACAGUAUAUGCAUGGUGAAUACUGCCAUCACAGUGACCCUUGUUAUUUUUAACCAUCUGUCUCUGUACUGUGGAGCAUACCGUUUUCAUUUGUGUGAAAUUAUCUGAACUUUGAUGUUUUGCCAGAUAAGAUUGUGUCUGCUACACACCCUCUUUUUUUUAAAAAUGAUGUUAAUUAAAUAUAACCCAGUGAAAGCAACCCUACAAACCCUUUUCCCCUUACCCAUAUCGUCUGUGAAGAUUCUCAGUCAUCCAGGUCCCGGUUAUGUAAGGAAGGUCAAAAUCAAGUGCAACUGGACCUGGCUGAAAACAUUUUGCCUCCCAUCCAAGAGGCUUCUUCAAUUCAAAUAUCUUGGAUGAUUGGCGAAAAUCUUCUGCCAAGUCCAGUUGCUGCCCUUGAUUUGAACCUUUUUGGGUAGCUUACCCAUAUUGUAUUGAGAUUUCUACCCCCAGUACAAUGAAUGCCAAUGGAAUUUUCUUAUGCUGUUGAUAGCACUGAAAAUUGCAUUUAAAGCUGCAUUGAUCCACAUUUGUUUUUUAUUAACAAUGGGUCAAAUUGCUUUAAUGUGAAAGGGGUCAAAGUGAUGAACAAAUUUUUAACACUAUGGUUCUCCCCUGGAGCAUGUUAGCAUCUUUCUUUUUCUAGCUUGUGAAGAAAGUCAAACAUCUAGUAGCUAAAUACCCAGCUAUCUUUCUCAGGGGUUGAUAGAGUUACGUUGGGAGAAACCUGAUUACAAAUGAAUGCCACUUAUCUCCUGGAUGUGGGGUAGGCAGUUCUUAAGAACCCACUGUACACUACCUGCCCAGCACCAAACAGCAGACUGACACAGUAGCUGGUGAACACAUUGGAACAUUUAGCAGCUACAGAGACAGAUAUUUCUAUUUGGUAGAAAGCAAAACAGUACUAAAAGGAGAGUCAAUAUUGGACUUUCAUUUACUAGGUGGCCAGAACGAGGGAUGGGCAAAAUGUAUUUUACUUUUAUUUAAGUGUAUUAAAAUAAACUUCAAAAAACA